AUGAAUGAAGCAACUAAACGAACUACAGUAAAAGAAAUAGAUGAAAUCUUAUAUGAAGAACAUAAGGUAUUAGACCAUGGAUUUAUUCGAGUAGUGGAUUAUAUGGGCUCUGAUAGCGCUAUAGUUCAAGCUGCUCGUGUUUCUUAUGGCAAGGGAACAAAACAGAUAAGUCAGGAUGAAGCACUUAUAAAGUAUUUAAUGAGACAUCAUCAUACAACUCCAUUUGAAAUGUGUGAAAUUAAGUUUCACGUGAAACUUCCAAUUUUUGUUGCAAGGCAAUGGAUAAGGCAUAGAACUGCAAAUGUAAAUGAAUAUUCGGCAAGAUAUUCAAUACUUGACAAUGAAUUUUAUGUACCAAAACCAGAACAGAUUGCAAAACAAUCUGAUAAUAAUAAACAAGGUAGCGGUGAAGCUUUUGAUCCGGAUACCUCAAAGGAAAUAAUAGAUUCUCUAACAAAUGACUCUAAUUUAGUAUAUUCUCAUUAUGAAAAAUUUAUUGAGCAGGGGCUUGCAAGAGAAAUUGCCCGAACCAACCUAACGCUUAAUUACUACACACAAUUUUAUUGGAAAAUAGAUCUGCAUAACCUUCUUCAUUUUUUGAAGCUUAGAGCUGAUAAGCACGCCCAAUAUGAAAUCAGAGUUUAUGCAGAAGUUAUGUUGGAUAUAACAAAAAAAUGGGUUCCACUGGCCUACAAUGCCUUUGCUGAAUAUUGCCUAGAAUCAGCUUGUAUUUCAAGAACUGGUCUAGAAAUAAUUCGCAAAUUAAUUAAAGGGGAAAACGUUACUAGAGAAGAAAGUAAUAUUGGUAAAAGAGAAUGGGACGAGCUGAUGUCUAUACUCGAUAAACAAUCUUAA